CGCAUAUCUAGGGCUCCAGCUCAGUGCGCUCCAGCCAGCUUUCGCCCAGAAGCUGCCCCUCUUGGACACCUGCUCGCAGGAUCCCCUUCUCCAGCAGCGGACGAAAACACAAAACAUCACAAUGGCAAAUAAACCUAUCCUCCACUACUUUGAUGGAAGGGGCCGAAUGGAAUCCAUCAGAUGGCUCUUAGCAGCAGCUGGAGUGGAGUUUGAAGAACAAAUUUUUGAAACAAAAGAACAACUAGAUAAGUUGAGAGCAACUGUCCUGCCGUUCCAACAAGUGCCACUGGUUGAGAUCGAUGGGAUGAAGCUGGUUCAGUGCAGAGCCAUUCUCCACUAUAUUGCUGAGAAACACAAUCUGCUUGGAAAGGACAUGAAGGAGAGAGCAAUGAUUAUCAUGUACUCAGAGGGAGCAAUGGAUCUGAUGGAGCUACUCAUGAUGUAUCCUUUCCUAAAAGGAGAAGAGCAGAAGCAAAAAUUCACUGAAAUGGAUAACAAGGCCAAAAACAGAUACUUCCCUGCUUAUGAAAAGGUUUUAAAGGGUCACGGACAAAACUUUCUCGUGGGUAACCGGAUGAGCCUGGCAGAUGUGCAACUGAUUGAAGCUAUUUUAACAGUGGAGGAGAACAUUCCUGAUGCACUCUCUGGAUUUCCAUCACUCCAGGCAUUUAAAACUCGCAUGAGUAACGUCCCAACAAUUAAGAAAUUCCUGGCCCCUGGCAGCAAGAGAAAGCCCCCACCUGAUGCCAAAUCUAUAGAAUCGAUUAUCAAGAUCUUCCGUGGAUAAAACAGCAAACUCACCUAUGGAGAGCGAUUGCGUGUGAUUACUCUGUGAUUCUAGGGCCCUUAAUGCCAAUCAUGCCAGUGCUUUGUGAGCCUUCUCUAGAUGUAGCUACAGGCUCUGGUAGCCUUUCAGAGAAGCCUAACAAAACCAGCAAAGGCAUAGGAGGCAAGGAGAGGGUCCUCCCUCCAUUCUCAAUCUCUUCUUUCUUCAGUCCUCUCUAAACACUUGACUUUGAGGCCCAUUGCUCUAAGCCCUCCCAGAUUCCCCUGGUUCACUCUCUAAGUUUCAGGGAUAUACAUGUCCUAAGCCUAACCCUCCCCAUCUGUUCCCUGACCUGAGGGAGACCUCCACCACAUAUAUGCCUCUUCAUCUUCCAGAAGUGACCUUGGGAGGAAGGCCUUAUCUAAACUGCUCCAGCACCUAAGACAUUGAGUACUUGCUGAAUUCUGCCCCGUGCUUUUUGUGCUGAACAUAGCUUUUGAAGUUGGAUUACUCUAAUAGUUGGAGCCUAAUAAAUAACAAAAUGUUAGGUAA